AUGGGGUUCAGGGUUCAUAAACAUAAGUUGCUGCGUCAGCGCCAGAGCUCCGCGUCGAGCAACAUUUUGCCCUUUCAGUGCCAUCCCUUGACGAUUAUCAGCAAUCAACCUCUGAUAGCAAUGGGACAGGGCCACGGUGGAAUUAAACGAGAAAUUGAAGGAGCUGACAGGUCCCCGGACGAGUUCGUGCCUAUGCCUGUAACUCUGCUGCCGGUCUGUGGCAAUGGUGUGCACUUGGAUGUGGUACUGUACGGCGAUAGUUUCUGUGGAAAGACAUGUUUAGCAAUAAGAUAUGAGAAAAACAUGUUUGGCCCUACAAUAGCCACAAUUGGAGUUGGCGUCAGUACUGUGGAGAGAGCACUUGUUAAAGUACGCUUAUGGGAUACAGCUGGUCACGAGAGAUAUGAUUCAAUCACCCAAAUCUAUAUCAGGGGAAAUAAGCCAAAGGGUUUUUUGUUGGUAUAUUCCAUCGACGACUAUGAAUCUUUUCAAGUCGCUCAAAAAUGGGCAGAUGUCUUACGGAAGGACUGCUGGCAACCAGUAUCUAACUACCCAAUAUUGGUGCUAGGGAACAAGUGUGAUUUGGAGGAUAAGAGGGUUGUCUCCAGAGAAUGUGGGGAGUCGCUUGCCUCUAGCCUUGAUGCAAAGUUUUUUGAAGUCAGCGCUUUAACUGGAGAGAACGCAGAGAAGUCAUAUUCAGCCCUGCUUGAGCUUUUCAUUCGGAAGAGGUUUAAUUUCCCAGCAUACCAGCAGGCAAGUGGUCCAGAAGAAAGUCAACCUCACAAAGAUGGGAGGCCAAGUAUUACUCUAAAGACCUGGACAUCAAAAAUGAAGCGGGAUACAUGA